GCCGCGCGGCGGGCCCGCCCCCUCGGCCGACUUCCUCCCCGGGCGCGCGGCGGGACGGCGGCGGCGGCGGUGGCGGCGGGACGGCGGGGACGGGCGCUGGCCUGCAGACCCAGCAUGAGUGAAGUUCCCUGCAGAAAACGUGAUGACUAUCUUGAAUGGCCUGAGUAUUUCAUGGCGGUGGCCUUCUUAUCAGCACAGAGGAGCAAAGAUCCAAAUUCCCAGGUCGGUGCCUGCAUCGUGAAUGCAGAAAACAAAAUCGUGGGCAUCGGAUACAACGGGAUGCCAAAUGGGUGCAGUGAUGACCUCUUGCCUUGGAGGAGGACAGCAGAGAACAUCCUGGAUACCAAGUACCCUUACGUGUGCCAUGCCGAGCUGAAUGCCAUUAUGAACAAAAACUCAGCAGACGUGAAAGGCUGUACCAUGUACGUCGCCUUGUUCCCGUGUAAUGAAUGUGCUAAGCUCAUCAUCCAGGCAGGUAUAAAAGAAGUUAUCUUCAUGUCUGAUAAAUACCACGACAGCAAUGAGACAACAGCUGCGAGGCUCCUGUUUGAAAUGGCCGGGGUCUCCUUCAGGAAAUUCACACCAAAGUGCAGCCAGAUUGUCAUUGACUUUGAUUCAAUUAACAGCAGACCAAGUCAGAAGCUGCAGUGAGCGCCAUCUCAUUAAAUCUCCCGAAGAUUGGGAUUAUCCUCUUUUAAGAAGCUGCUAAUGGUUCUCAUCUUGAAGUUACACAUAACUUUUUAAUAGCCUGGACGGCCAAAGUCGACAUCUAAAGAGUAUAAACCUCAAGUCUUCCCUACUCCCUCUCCAGUCUCAUGGAAUCUGCAUCUGUUGAAACUCUUGAUUUAGGGUUUAAAGUAAAGGCGUCGCCCCCUCCGGUCUCCGGUCUCCGGUCUCCGGUCUCCUCCGGUCUCUGGUCUCCUCCAGUCUCCGGUCUCCUCAGUCUCCGGUCUCCUGGUUCACCGGUGGCUCUGCAGAAGGGGGUCAGCCGUGUGUCAUCCACUGUUUUACAGCCACUCUUCAACACCACAUGUGCUGGCAACAAACAUAAUUGUGGUUGUGUUCCUUCCGGGAUGAGCAGACACCCUGAACUGAACAUCUGGCCUCGGGGAGAAGAGACCCAUAGGACAGUAGCAUUUAGGCAUUUGCUCUGGAGAGUUGAGGCACGCCCCCACCCACCCAGAAAUCCUGCAGGGGGUGCACCUCCAUCCUGACGGGUGAUGAACGUCGCUGAGGCAGGGGGUUCUUUCUCCACUUCUGAGGUCCUGCCACCCCCAGGGUGGUGGCACCCUGUCCCUCUAGGGGCUGGGGACCCCUGUUGUUCCAGCUUCUCACUCUUGGUUUGUGGGGGAUGCGGAGCUCUUACUUUAGCAUCUCGGAGUAACGAGUUGCUCCUGGAGGAGGCAGCGUCUCCCUGCCUCGCCCCAGGUCCACACCCUGCUGGAUGGUGGGUUGUAUGGGUGGAAGGGUGGGCAUGCACCUGCCGCCCCGCGUGCCACCAGGGUCCAUUUCCAAGGCUGCCCUCUUCUUGCCUAUCAGUGAAAUGGGAGCAGGUUUCCGUUUUGUCCAGGUCUGUGGGUGACGCGAGCUCCCAUGUGCGCCUGGCGCCCUGCCUUCAUCAUCGACAUGAAUCUCACCUUCCUAAUCACCGCCGUUUGGGGAAUGGGUCACAGCGCACCUUGUCUUUAAUCUCAUUUAAUUCUUAUUAAGUGCGCUCAGUACCUUUGUUGAGAAAAUGGUUUCUUUAUCCUAAAGAUUAUGACCGUUUUAAAAGACUCUCCUCUUUUUAUGAGUUUUUAUUUUGUCUCUGAGGUUGUGCACUCCAGAUUCUGGGGCAUUUGUAAUUUGGCUCCUUGCCAACAUUAUUAAAAUCAUAUUAGAAUCCAA